AUGCGCGUGAAGAGGUUGGGCAUUCGUCUGGUCGGUCGUCCCUCAAAUGACGGCGAAGGGUUUUUCCUCGGGGAAGAACUAACAACCAGGGAUAAUAAAUCUCAGGAGGAUGAUUCUGGCUCCGACAGUUGGGAAACACAGUCUGGUUCUAGCUCUACUGGCAGUGAUUUUCUCGAUAGCGAUUCUACCGACAGCGAUUCUGAUGAGUCAAGUCUUACAGGUCGUCGUCGAUCACUUCCAAAAGCUCAAUGUAACCAGGAAUUGAUGGAGCUUACACUGUUACCGUGGCGAAAGAAAGUCAAUCGCCGUUUGCAUGACAUAUCUGAGGUCAUCCCAGAGUGUCAUUCGUUGUACGAGCUUUCGUUCGAAGCUUUAACCGACGUCGAUGGAGAGAGAGACUGGCAGUGGGACUAUCUCUUUGCUCGGACAGUCCAGAACUUCAUAGCUUGUAUCCCAGCAACAGUAACGACUCUUACGCUUGAUCUCAUCGGCUCGUCCUGUGUGUCCACAGGGGAGGAAUGCUCAGAGCAUUUGUGUCUAGCAAUCGCUAAACGUCUGAGCUCUUUCGAGAAUGUUCGUCUGCGAAUGCGCCGCAUAUGUCCUCUCAUCUUCGGUGGAGAGGCUGCACAACAUGUAUACAAACAUGGUCCCACUGAAGAAGCCGCUAUCUCAGCACUUACUGCUGUAAUGGCCAAGGAAGCAUUAAGUACUUCACCCUCGAGAUUGAAACGCAUGGUCAUCAAAUUGUAUCUACCGUAUUUUCCUCCCUACGAAAAUGGUGAACAAUCGGACCCAUGUGACCACUUCGAGCGCAGGUCCCCCCUCGGGUUUGGCAUGAAUGCUGGAGGUAAAGCUUACGCGAAGACCUUUCCGAAUAUGUUGAGCCUUAUCAUUUCGCAUAAUCAAUCUGAACAUUCUAUCUAUGGGUUUGAUUGUGUUCGCCGGGCAGAAUUCAUGGUCGAUGCUGGCUUACUGGCUCAAAAAGACGAUGGAGGGGUAUGGGAUGACUGGAAAAAUAACGAAGACAACAUUCGCUACUUCCCUGAUCCGUUGUAG